AGUUAUUAUUUGCUAACAGCAUCGAAGUGGCGGGUGAUUUCAGCAUGGCGGCCUCCAUAGAUGCUUGUGUUUCUGCUCCACGGGAGGGAUGCUGGCCCGAAGGCUGGGGUGCCGAAAACGGCUUUAUUCGCGCCGUCUUGGCGUUGCCUGCCAAACCGAAAACUACUGUGAGGUUCUUUGAGCGCGGCGACUACUAUACGGUGCAUGGCGAAGAUGCAAAACUGGCGGCGAUGGAAGUCUUCAAAACACGAGUGAUCAUUCGGAUCCUGGGAUCAGGAGCUCAGAAACUUGAGAGUGUUGCACUCAGCAAGAUGAAUUUUGAAUAUUUUUUGCGAAAUCUUCUUUUGAUUCGUCAGUACAGGGCUGAGGUAUACAAGAACAAGGCAGGAAAUAAAUCCACCAAAGAGACUGAGUGGUAUUUGGCCUACAAGGGUUCUCCAGGUAACCUUGCUCAAUUUGAGGAUGCUCUUUUUAGUAACCAUGAUAUGUGCUCUUCAGCUGGUGUUGUAGCCAUCAAGCUGUCCUCAGUUGAUGGACAGAAAGUUGUUGGAGUAGGAUAUGUGGAUUCACUGUCAAGAAAACUAGAAGUAUCUGAAUUUGCAGAUAAUGAUCAGUUUUCCAACCUUGAAGCACUGUUGAUACAAAUGGGGCCAAAGGAAUGUUUGCUGCCAGUUGGGGAGACUGCUGGAGAUAUGGAGAAACUGAGGCAGGUGGUUCAAAGGGGAGGAAUCCUGAUCACAGACAGGAAAAAGACUGAAUUUUCAACAAAGGAUGCUGUUCAAGAUCUCAACCGUUUGCUGCAAUCAGGAAAGAAAGACUGUGUGUCUAGUGCAGCGUUACCUGAAAUGGAUAAGCAGGUUGCCAUCUCUUCUCUAUCUGCAGUGAUUAAAUACUUAGAGCUGUUAAAUGAUGAGUCUAACUUUGGACAGUUUGAACUUACUACUUUUGACCUUAAUCAAUAUAUGACCCUGGAUCACGCUGCUGUCAGAGCCCUUAACCUUUUUCAGGAUUCUUCAGAAUUUGCCCAAGGAACACAUUCACUGGCUGGAUUGUUAAAUAAAUGCAGAACACCUCAAGGACAAAGGCUAGUCAACCAGUGGAUCAAACAACCAUUGAUGGAUAAGAACAAAAUUGAAGAAAGGCUAGAUAUGGUGGAGGCCUUCAUGCAAGAUGGAGAACUAAGACAAAUUCUUCAAGAAGAUCUCCUCCGCCGCUUCCCAGAUUUCAAUCGGAUAGGAAAAAAAUUCCAGAAGAAAGCUACUCUGCAGGACUGUUACAAAAUGUAUCAGGCAAUUAAUCAGAUACCUAAUGUGACACAGGCACUGGAAAAAAAUAAUGGAAACCGCAAUAUGCUACUAGAUGCGGUAUUCACAAAACCUCUUAAAGAGCUAAAUUGUGAUUUCUCCAAUUUCCAAAAGAUGAUUGAUGAAACUUUGGACAUGAAUACGGUGGAAAGUCAUGAAUACCUUGUCAAACCUUCUAUUGAUCCCAAUCUUGCUGAAUUGAGAGAAAGUAUGAAUAAGCUGGAAAAAAAAAUGCAGGGUGUACUGAACGUUGCAGCCAAGGAACUAAGUUUGGAAGCUGGCAAGAGUAUCAAAUUAGAAUGCAAUGCACAGUUCGGACAUUUUUUCAGAAUUACGUACAGAGAAGAGAAGGUUUUGCGGAAUAAUGUGAAAUAUAAGAUCUUGGAAACCCAGAAGAAUGGGGUGAAAUUCUAUAACAGUGCAUUGAAAGAUAUUAAUGAAGAGUAUAUGAAGAACAGAAAAGAAUAUGAAGAAAUGCAAGAUGCUGUAGUUAAAGAAAUAAUUAAUGUUGCAUCAGGGUACAGGGAACCCAUUCAAAUUCUCAAUGAUGUCAUUGCCCAGCUAGAUGCCAUUGUCAGUUUUGCUCAUGCAUCAAAUGCAGCACCAAUACCAUAUGUGCGCCCAGUUAUUCUAGAAAAAGGGCAAGGAAGAAUUAUCUUGAAAGCUUCCAGGCACCCUUGCAUUGAAGUUCAAGAUGAUGUUGCCUUCAUCCCAAAUGAUGUUACUUUUGAGAAGGACAAACAGAUGUUCCACAUCAUUACUGGGCCAAACAUGGGAGGAAAAUCUACUUAUAUACGGCAGACUGGGGUGAUCGUUCUUAUGGCCCAAGUAGGAUGUUUUGUGCCAUGUGACUCUGCAGAAGUGACUAUUGUUGACUGCAUUCUGGCUCGAGUUGGAGCUGGAGAUAGUCAACUGAAAGGGGUAUCCACCUUCAUGGCAGAAAUGCUGGAGACCUCCUCCAUCCUUAGGACUGCAACCGAGCAUUCUUUGAUAAUAAUUGACGAGUUAGGGAGAGGAACAUCAACAUAUGAUGGAUUUGGAUUGGCCUGGGCAAUUUCUGAAUACAUUGCCAGCAAAAUGAAAGCUUUUGCUAUGUUUGCUACUCAUUUUCAUGAAUUGACUGCACUGGCUGAUGAAAUACCCACUGUAAAUAACUUGCAUGUUACGGCAUUAACUACAAAGGAAACACUGACAAUGUUGUACCGUGUGAAAAAAGGGACCUGUGACCAGAGCUUUGGUAUCCAUGUAGCAGAAUUAGCUGCCUUUCCCAAACAUGUGAUUGAGUGUGCCAAGGCCAAAGCUCUGGAACUGGAGGACUUCCAGAACAUUGCAAUAUCUCAAGAGGAGGAUGAAGAACCAGCUGCCAAAAGAUGCUACAGGGAAAAGCAGGAGGGGGAACAAAUAAUUCAAGAUUUCCUUUCUCAAGUGAAAGCAAUGCCAUUGACAGAAAUGUCUGAAGAAGAAAUCCGGAUCAAACUAAAGGAGUUAAAGGACAACGUUUUGAGGAAAAAUAAUUCUUUUAUAAAUGGAAUCAUUUCCCACAUCAAUGGUACCUCAUGAUACAUAACUAACUAAAACCACUUGAACUUGUGGUUUUUUUCUGAUCAUAAUCUCUGAAUCAACACCACAACUACUUUGUUUCCUCUCAGUCUCAAGCAAUAGUAAAGAAGAAGCCUCGGGAAUCAUCAUGUUCCACUUUCUCA